GGGGAGGAAGUGGGCUCCGGUCCCAGCACCAUGGCGGAGCCGCUGCAGCCCUGUGAUGUCCCCACGGCACGGCAGGGCCUGCGCGACAACCACGACAACCUGCAGCGUGUGGCUGAGUACUGCGAGAGCAACUACCUGCAGGCCAGCGACAAGAGGAAGGCUCUGGAGGAGACGAUGGCGUUCAGCACGCAGUCCUUGGCCAGCGUGGCCUACCAGGUCAGCAGCCUGGCCACCACCUUCCUGCAGCUGCUGGACCUGCAGGCGGCCGAGCUGCAGAAGCUGGAAGCCAACGUCAGCUGUGUAGCCCAGUGUGUUGACAUGCACAAGGAGAAAGUUUCUCGCCGGGAGAUCGGCUCUCUGACUGUCAGCAAGAGGUUCCCCUCCCACCAGAAGAUCACAUCCCCCCCCAACCCACCCUCCCUGGAGCCCUACUACAGGAAACCCCUCAACUUCAGCAUCCUGGAUGACAUUGGCCACGGCAUAAAGGACCACAGCACCCAGCUGUCCCGCACAGGCACGCUGUCUCGGAAAGGGAUCAAGAUAGCCACACAGUCUACAGGCACCAUGGGGAGGAGCACUCGUGUCCCUGAGCCCAUCCAGCCUCCCGUGAUUCCCGAGGGAAAGCUCUCUGCAGCUUCAUCUCUCUCCUCACUGACGUCGGUCAGCUCGAGUGGAGGAGCCCCCGGGGAAGGCAUCCUGGCACCACCCCCACCUCCACCCCCCCUGGGACCACCACCACCCCCCCCGGGUCCACCACCCACCCCAGCUGCAGCCAGCAUCCCACCACCCCCACCUCUCCCUGGGGAUCUGCUCCCACCACCACCAGGGGACCUGGCUGUGCCCCCACCUGACUUCAGCCUUCCAGUCCCUGAUGACCUCGAGCCACCACUGCCACCACCACCAGCAUUGCCCAACUUUGAGGAUUUCACCCCACCACCACCACCACCACCACCACCACCACCUGCAGAGGAACCCCCCUGUGUCCCUCAGAGCUACCUGGACAAAGUGGUGACUCUCUAUCCGUACACACGGCAGAAGGACAACGAGCUCUCCUUUGAGCCUGGGGCCCUCAUCUAUGUCACACGGAGGUACUCUGAUGGAUGGUGUGAAGGCAUCAUGGGCGAGGAAGCAGGUUUCUUCCCUGGCAAUUACGUGGAGCCUUUCUGAGCACCUCAUCACCCACCCAGCUCAGCCAUGUCCAGGAGGUGAGGGCUCCACUUUGCCUUUGACUUCUGGCUUUGUGCGGCUGCUGUUUUGCACAGCUCAGCCCUUUUGCUGUAGCCAUGCCAUGGCCCCACACCAGGUCCUGCUGCCUGCUCCCCACACACCCCCCUGCCUGCUCCUCGCACCUCUCCCACCCUCUGUCUUUUUUUAAUGACACCAGCAAUCGCUGAUGAUGAUGCUGUGAAGGUUUAGCACUGAGGCAACUCCCCUGUCCCUCAAGCUGUUGGAAAUGGGAGGGUAGCAAGCUCUGAAAUCCCUUGGGCUGGCCCUGGUGCUGCUCCUGGACCCCUAGAACUGAUGGUAGAGCAGGACCAAAGCUCAGAAAUCACAAACGAGCAUGAGGAGGGGAGCAGCUUUGGGGCAAUAACCACAGAGGAACUGCUCCCUGUCUGCAGCUGCUUGAGAUGGGGAGAGAGGAGGGUGAGUCAGGUCUAAAUCCUGCACCAAAGGGGCUCCUGCAGGGUCAGACCCAACCUGCAGAGCAUUGCUCAUAACCCAGCCCCACUCUGCUGCUCCCCCAGUCUGUCUGCCUCCUCCUGCAGCCUGAGGAAGAGAAACACCAUGUGCGUGCACCUCAGAGCUAUUUCACACUCAGGUUUAUGUUUCGGAUACAAAUAACUUGUGUAUCUGUAAUAUAUAGAUAUCUAUAUACAUAUAUAUGUAUUUUUUUUUUUUGUAAUUCCAUGGCUUUAAGUUCCACACAGUUGAACAGUGUCCAGAAGAGGAAGAACGAAGAAAGGGGAGAAAAAACGAAAUAAAGGAGGAUCAACUCA